AGGGUUAGACAGUUGGUUAGACAGAGGAGAGAGUCUAAGGAUCAGAUCUGUUAUCCUGGAUAGGCUCGCAGGGUUCUCUGUUUCUCACACUGCCCACUAGCCAAACAACCACCAUGUUUGGCAAGCUCAAAGCACUGUUCUCGGUGCCCGAGCCUCCUCCGAAGCCGGAUGCCACUGCUGCUCCUGCCAUGUCUCCUGCCCCCGCACCAGCUCCUGCUCCUGCCCCAGCACCUCCAGUAAAGGAAGAGGAGAAGCCUGCAGAGGAAAAGGAUGAGGAGAAGAAAGAGGAAGAACCUCAGAAGGAGGAGGCUAAACCAGCAGAUCCUGCCCCAGCUCCAGCCCCAGCUCCAGCCCCUGCCCCUGCCCCAGCCCCUGCCCCGGCCGCUGCCCCAGCACCUGCACCUGCAGAAGGGGACAAACCCGCUGAUGGGGCUGAAGGUGAAGAGCAGCCCCCUCCUCCACCUCCGCCGGUUGUGUACAGCAGGUAUGCAGAUGACACACUCCGGGAAGUUGUCAAACGGCUAAGAGACCGGACAAAUACCUACAAAGAGAGAGCCAUUGACCCCUAUGCUACCACACCUGAAAUCAGCCCCCCUAUCACCCCGGUCUUGAGGAAACCAGACUACCUGAGGAAGAAGGAGGCAGAGAGGAUAAAAGCAGAGGAGGAUGCAAUAAAAAAAGCAGAAGCAGACGCAAUAAAGGCAGUAGAGAUGGCAAAGAAAAAGGAGGAGAAAGCGAAGGCAGAUGCGGAGAAGAAGGAGGCAGAGCGGCUAAAGAAACAGGAGGAGGAGCAGGCAGCUAGAGAUGCAUCCAUUUGUCCCACGAUCAGCUUUUCCUUCAUUGACACUAUGCUCCAACCAGUUGAAGACGCCAUGGACUCAGUGCUUGGUAACACCAUAGAUCCAUUCACAGAUCGCAAGUAUAUUGCUUGGAUAACACUUGUAAGUUUGGCAUUCAACUACAACGCUUGGUUUACACCAGUUCGUUUGGUCUUUCCCAUCCACACUCCAGUGUCCGUUCCUUUCUGGAUAUUUGCUGACAUUCUUGCAGACAGUGUCAAUGUCAUAGAUAUCGUCCUCUGGCAACCCCGACUGCAGUUUGUGAAAGGAGGAGACAUUAUUAAAGACCGGACUGUGACGAAGCUACAUUAUCGAGAGAUAUCGAGGUUUAACUUGGAUAUGAUCAGCAUCAUCCCAUUCGAACUGCUCGGUAUCCCGUUUGGAUUCUCUGCUUUAUACAGACUCAACCGUCUACUGAGGAUAGACAUGUUUUUCGAGUUCAGCGAUCGGCUUGAGAGUAUCAUGGCCAAGGCUUACAUCUGGAGAGUUGGUCGCACUACUGGCUACUUGCUGUACAUGCUCCAUCUCAAUGCCUGUUUCUACUAUGUGGCGUCAGUGUACCUUGGCAUCGGCACCUCCAAAUGGGUCUACAAUGGAGAUGGAACCGCGUACCUGCGUUGUUAUUACUUCGCUGUUCGUAGUCUGAUCAACAUCGGGGGUCUUCCUGAGCCUGGCACUGUGUUUGAGAUCUGUUUCCAGAUGACCAACUUCUUUACUGGUGUCUUUGUGUUCUCCAGUUUGAUUGGACAGAUGAGAGAUGUCAUCGGGGCUGCCACGCAGGGCCAGACAUAUUUCCGGGCCUCCAUGGACGGCUGUGUGGAAUACAUGAACACGUUCACCAUCCCCGACUUGGUGCAGAACAGAGUACGCACCUGGUACAACUACACCUGGGACGCCCAGGGAAUGCUGGACGAGUCUGUACUGCUGGAGCAGAUGCCUCUUGUAAUGAGAACAGCCAUUGGUGUGGAUGUAAACUUUGCCACCUUCGAUAAAAUUGCUCUUUUUCAGGGCUGUGAUAAGCAGAUGUUGGUAGACAUGUUGCUGAGGCUCAAGUCUAUUAUAUAUCUACCUGGGGACUUUGUGGUGAAGAAGGGUGACAUUGGGAAAGAGAUGUACAUCAUAAAGGGUGGAGAGGUGCAGGUGGUUGGUGGACCAGAUAACUCCAUUGUGUUUGUGACGCUGAAGGCCGGCUGUGUGUUUGGAGAAAUCAGUCUGCUACAGUCUGCCAAAGAUGGCGGGAACAGAAGGACUGCUAACGUAAAAGCUCAUGGCUUCGUCAACCUUUUUGUCCUGGAUAAGAAAGACCUGGUUGACAUCUUGGUCCACUACCCAAAUUCCCAGAGAGUGCUGGCCAAAAAAGGAAGGAAACUGAUGAAGGCGAAGGGUCCAGCUGGUGCUAAGGGUGAGGUUGACAAGACGAAAGGAAUGGCGCUGUUUGGACCCAAACCCCCCACUCCUAAAAUGGCGCGCAUCUUUGGAGGCUUUGGCAAAGGAGGCUUUGGCAAAGGAGGCUUCUUGGAGAAACUCAAGGCUGCACAAGCGAAGGAGCAGGAGGGGAAGUAAAAGAGUAGAGGGUGAGACAUCUGAUCCUUUACUUGGAUCCGCCAUCUUUGUUUAUAUUCCUCUACUGCACUGGAGUGUAUUCAUUAGUAUACACCGCAGCAAAAAUGUUUAGCAAUGUGUUAGAAAUAUUUUUGUUUCGAUUGAUCUCAGAACCAAAUUUUGCGUGCGUUGUUGACAAUUUAUUAUGCUUUGAUUAGUCAGUGAGUUCUGAUCUCUGUGCUGUUAGCCAAUAUGAUGGAGAAUACCAGCAUGUUAAACUUUGUACACUGUAAAUAGUACUUUUCAUAAAACUAUUAAAAUGUUUACUA